AUGUCCAACGAUAAGGGUCUUGAGGACCUCGCCGAGGGUCAGAUUGAGUCUAACUACGAUGAGAUCACCGACUCCUUCGAUGCCAUGGACCUGAAGUCCGAGCUGCUGCGCGGUGUUUACGCCUACGGUUUCGAGCGUCCCUCUGCUAUCCAGCAGCGCGCCAUCAUGCCCAUCAUCAAGGGUAACGAUGUUAUCGCUCAGGCCCAGUCCGGUACCGGUAAGACCGCUACCUUCUCCGUCUCCGCUCUCCAGAAGAUCGACACCAAGAUCAAGGGCUGCCAGGCUCUGAUCCUUGCUCCCACCCGUGAGUUGGCCCAGCAGAUCCAGAAGGUCGUUGUUGCCAUUGGUGACUUCAUGGAGGGUCUUGAGUGCCACGCCUGUAUCGGUGGUACCAACGUCCGUGAGGAUAUGACUGCUCUCCGUGAGGGUCCCCAGGUCGUUGUCGGUACCCCCGGCCGUGUCCACGACAUGAUCCAGCGUCGCGUUCUCCGCACCGACCACAUGAAGCUGUUCGUCCUCGACGAGGCCGAUGAGAUGCUGUCCCGUGGUUUCACCGAGCAGAUCUACGACAUCUUCCAGCUGCUCCCCCAGUCUACCCAGGUUACCCUCCUGUCCGCCACCAUGCCCCAGGAUGUCCUUGAGGUUACCACCAAGUUCAUGCGCGACCCCGUCCGUAUCCUGGUCAAGAAGCAGGAGCUUACCCUUGAGGGUAUUAAGCAGUUCUACAUUGCUGUUGAGAAGGAGGAGUGGAAGCUCGACACCCUCUCCGAUCUGUACGAGACCGUCACCAUCACCCAGGCCGUUAUCUUCUGCAACACCCGCCGAAAGGUCGACUGGCUCACCGACAAGCUCACUGCCCGUGACUUCACUGUCUCCGCCAUGCACGGUGACAUGGAGCAGGGUCAGCGUGAUGUUAUCAUGAAGGAGUUCCGCUCUGGUUCUUCCCGUGUCCUGAUCGCCACUGACCUUCUGGCCCGUGGUAUCGAUGUCCAGCAGGUUUCCCUGGUCAUCAACUAUGAUCUCCCCGCCAACCGUGAGAACUACAUUCACCGUAUCGGUCGUGGUGGUCGUUUCGGUCGUAAGGGUGUUGCCAUCAACUUCGUCACCGCUGACGAUGUUCGCAUGCUCCGUGAGAUCGAGCAGUUCUACAGCACCCAGGUUGAGGAGAUGCCCAUGAACGUUGCCGACCUUAUCUAA